CUUGUCAAAGACUGAGGGAAGAGGAGGAAGGAGGACAUAUUGGAAGAGAACAACGAAAAAACAAUAAACGAGGACAAAUUGAACUACUAAUGAAACACAGAUGGUGUUCCUGUUUUGGAUUUGACGUCUCUCUUCCUCCCAAAUCUAAGAGAGAUGUCUUCAGUCCAUAGAAACUUAGAUCCUGCCGUAUACGAUGAUGUUAAGAGAACAUCUGACAGUUACAUCAUUGCUGAUACUUGUGAUGAGUGUCUUCAGAGGACAUACCCUCACAUGUCGUCCAACAGAGUAUCAAAUGGGGGGUCAAUGCUGUCCUAAGUGUCCUGCUGGAAGUGGAGUUGACAGCCAUUGUACAGAGUGGAGAAGUACUUUCUGUCGGGGUUGUGACAAGGGAACUCCUUUCAUUAAGUGUUUUCCCUGUGUACGCUGUAAUUCAGGUUCUGGUUUAAAGAUAAAGACAGCAUGUACGACUACAUCAGAUACAGUUUGUGAACCACUGGAGGGAUUCUACUGUCUGUUCUCUUCAGAAAACGGCUGUGUGGAAGCACAGAAACACAGAAGCUGUCAACCAGGACAAUAUAUCAGCCAAAAAGGAACAGUAUUAAAGGACACUGAGUGCUCUGACUGCAGAGAUGGAACAUUUUCAGAUGGGACAUUAUUGACAUCGUGUCAGCCACACACACAAUGUCAAUCAUUGAAUCUUCAGCUGAUAAAACCAGGAACUGCUUCAACGGAUGCUGAAUGUGGAGAACAAAGUUCAGGAGCUGUGAUUGUCAUCGUGGUGCCUGUGAUAUGUUUAGUGGUGGCUGGAAUAUCUCUACUUGUCGUGUUGAUUCUCAGAAAGAAGGGACGAUGUAAAUACACAGUAAAAAGGAAUGCAGACAAUCAACAACAGUACUUCAAAAAGAAUAAACAUCCACAUGAAGAAGAACAGCUGGUACAGGGAGUGGCUGUGAUAAAUAAACACAGAGACAGUUCAUAGGACACUGCAGAGGAAAGUUCCAGGUUCAAUUAAAUCCAGUCGGAUGCUGACACAUUGUAAGUUGUACAGACAUUAAUCAGUCCAAGGUGAAUUUUGGGCCCUGUGCUCCAAAGUGAACACCUGCUGGUCUGCAGCCUGCAUCACUAUCUUACAGAGAUGUUACUGGACAGAGACUAGUCAGUCUGGAGUAACAGCUUGGAGCAAGUCAGGGACUAAGUAUGUAACGGCUCCAGGCUCUUCACUCAUAACUUCUGCUCCAUCUCUCUCACCUGUACAUGUUGCUGCUUGUACAGUGAGCUCUCCUUGUGUGGAACACCUUAAAGGCCAACAUCUUCCCAUCCCUGUCAUUACAAGCCACAGAUCACACAGACAUCAUGUGUCUGAAGGCAGGUAUCAUCAGAGAUCAAACACCUGGCCCCUGCCCCCGCGGCCUCUUGCCUCUACUGAAGCCACUCCUGACCAAGCUUCUGUCAGGACGGCUCUGCUCAAUGCUCGCUCCCUUACCCGCAAGACAUUUCUUCUCAAAGAUGUAUUUUUUUUAG